AUGACUUCGCAGAACUUACGACGUAUAAUUCGAGGUGUUCAUAGAGUGCAUAGCCAAGGAAGCAUAGAUGUGCGUCAGAAGUUUCGACCAGACGAUGACUCACCAAGUACGAGAAAAGUUUGGAACAACAACGCAAUCGACAUGCUUUCUGCCCUGCAAUACAUCGAAAAGGACGACGAUGCUGGCUUACAAUCAGUUCUACGCAAAUCCUAUUUUAAUGUAAAUACAAAACUCAUAUGUGGACCGUACGCCGAAUACUCGAGAAAGUGGACACUUCUCGAUGUGGCCCUGAAUCUUCGUUCAACGCAAUGUGUUCGUUCAUUGCAAAACUUUGGUGCAAAAGAAAAUCUUUCAAUGAACAGUAUCGAGAAAAGGAAGGUAGCUCUUGAUUCGGCUGCAACAUUUACUUGUGAGCAAAUCGCCAAAUUGGCUUCGACUGAGCAGACAAAGGAAGUAAACAAAGUAGGUCGCUUAUGGAGCGCUCAUCUUCUUGUACUCGAACGAAUGGCUCGAACACUGUCAACUGUUCAACUACCGGAUCCACCCGAAUUUGUAAAGGUUGAAAGCAACUCGCGAAGUAGCGUUCUACUACAUGUUGAGUGUGCUCGUGAAAGAACGGAGCCAGUAAUAAAAUACAUGGUCGAAUGGUCUACCCAACCGGAUUUUUCAAAAAUUCUCGGCGGCUAUGUGGAGACAGAUAUGCGAAAGGGUGAAGUAAUCGUGACUGAGCUACCAACAAACACAAAAUUGUGCUUUCGCGUCUCUUGCGGUGGAAUACUUGGAUACUCAAGUCCUACAUUAGCUCAACCGAUGUUUGUAGAGUUAUCAAGCUGGUACGAUGUCGCUGGAAAACCAGAAGGAUGGAACGAACAUAUGGAAUCCAUGAGCAAACUUGGUGAUGACGUUACUCGUUAUCGUCAGUCUCCUGUCUGGAAAACUAUUUUCUCCUCUUCUGAAGAAACGGUCAAAAAGAAGAAAAAUAGCCUGAAAGAGUUUUUUAUGGCUGGCAGAAAAUUCUCCAAAUCUGUAACGAGAGGAAUCUACUUAGGAUCCGUUCUUUAUACUGACGGUAAGGUGCUAUGUACAAGCGACGACUGUUUACCCCUCAUCCAUGUUGAUAACACUGUCACCACUAUUGCGAAUGACGAUUUUCUUUGGCUAAUGAAGAUGUCGCUUUGUUGGGAAGAAGUUGGAACAUUGUCCGAAUCUGUUCCGGGUGACCUUAACAUCGAUAAGGGUCUGAGGUAA